UUGCCAUAUGCCGACAGAUCUGGGUACCUUGCAUGGAUGCACUGCAUGUUGGUAGCAUCCAAUGACGACGACCCGUUCCUAACCACGAGUGCCAGCUUCCGCUUGGGUACGAAAGACACCUCACAGACGGACAGAAAUGCUGGAGAUGGCGAUGGGCCCGCAUUUGAUCGCAAUGGCAAAUAGACCAUAGGCAGAGACUGCAUGCCCUGAGCGACCUCGUGGCCAACCGUCGCAGAACUUACAAAAUCAUGACUUCCUCGUCUCCGUUGAACGAUUUGUAAUGGUCUCUUAUGUUGUCCACAGACCACCGGUAGUUGGACACUCCCACGAUGAGCGACAAACGCCCAAUGACAGCAUCCCUCUCAAAGAGGAAAGCAGACAAUGGAGACCACUCAGACAGACCUACCUCCUCAUCUGAAGAUAGCAACGAGAAGCCACCACCUAAAUCACUCAGAUACAAAUCCACCGUCUUCUUCCUAGCUCUUGUCGCCGUCGGAGACAGAUUAACGUUGAGAACCAAGAAUGCGUCAAGUGGAUAAUAGCCCUAGCCCAUACCGUUGGCAGGCACAGACAAGAUGUCCGGCGGCAAGACCGCGCUGGCUACAUUGCUUGCAGUAUUUUGCAC